AUGCCGCUCUGUCUCACCUUCAUCGACUUAAAAAAGGCCUUCGACUCAGUUGAGACGGAAGCGGUCAUGGAAGCGUUGGACAACCAAGGCGUCCCUACUCAGUACAUAAAGGUACUUCGAGAGUUGUACAGUAACUUUACGACCGGAAUUGCGCCAUUCUACAAGAAUAUCAUCAUUGACGUGAAGAGGGGGGUCCGACAGAGUGACACAAUCUCACCCAAAAUAUUCACAGCCACCCUCGAGAACGCAAUGCGAAAGUUGAAAUGGGACGACAUGGGAGUGAAGGUGGACGGUCGGCAGCUGCACCAUUUGCGCUUUGCUGAUGACAUCGUAUUGAUAACACCUAGCAUCAGCCAAGCGGAACGAAUGCUGACCGAAUUCGACGAAACAUGUGGAUGCAUCGGUCUUCAGCUGAAUCUGCAAAAGGCGAUGUUCAUGCGGAACGGAUGGGUCUCGAAUGCCCCAUUCACGCUCAACGGAACGAACAUAUCCUAA